GUUGGCCAAUCGCAAGCCAGAAGAUGAGGGUUCUGUGGGUUGCUUUGGUGGUAACCCUCCUCGCAGGAUGCCGGACAGAGGACGAGCCGGGGCCGCCGCCGGAGGUGCACGUGUGGUGGGAGGAGCCCAAGUGGCAGGGCAGCCAGCCCUGGGAGCAGGCCCUGGGCCGCUUCUGGGAUUACCUGCGCUGGGUGCAGUCCCUGUCUGACCAAGUGCAGGAGGAGCUGCUCAGCACCAAGGUCACCCAGGAACUGACGGAGCUGAUAGAGGAGAGCAUGAAGGAGGUGAAGGCCUACCGCGAGGAGCUGGAGGCGCAGCUGGGCCCCGUGACCCAGGAGACGCAGGCGCGCCUGUCCAAGGAGCUGCAGGCGGCGCAGGCCCGCGUGGGCGCCGACAUGGAGGACGUGCGCAACCGCUUGGUGCUCUACCGCAGCGAGGUGCACAACAUGUUGGGCCAGACCACCGAGGAGCUGCGGAGCCGCCUGGCUUCCCACCUGCGCAAGCUGCGCAAGCGGCUGCUCCGCGACACCGAGGACCUGCAGAAGCGCCUGGCCGUGUACCAGGCGGGGCUGCGCGAGGGCGCCGAGCGCAGCGUGAGCGCCCUCCGCGAGCGCCUCGGGCCCCUGGUGGAGCAGGGCCGAUUGCGCGCCGCCACCCUGAGUACCAGGGCCGGCCAGCCGCUGCGCGAGCGCGCCGAAGCCUGGGGCCAGAAGCUGCGCGGACGGCUGGAGGAGAUGGGCAGCCGGACCCGCGACCGCCUGGAUGAGAUGCGUGAGCAGCUGGAGGAGGUGCGCACCAAAGUGGAGGAGCAGGGCAGCCAGUUGCGCCUGCAGGCCGAGGCCUUCCAGGCCCGCCUCAAAGGCUGGUUCGAGCCUCUGGUGGAAGACAUGCGGCGCCAGUGGGCCGGGCUGGUGGAGAGGAUGCAGUCGGCCGUGAGCAUCAGCUCCUCCACCUCUGCGCCCAGUGAUAAUCAGUGAGUGCCCUCUCAUCCGGGCACCCCCUUCGGGGCCCCGUUCCUGCCCAACUCCCCCGCCUCCCCCAGCCUUAGCUGCCCUCUUGGUGGGCCCCUGCUUAAUAAAGAUUCAUCAAGCUUCACAGC